GCCAAAAUAGCAGACUUUGGCUUACUGAAGCAGCUGAGCCACGCAGCAGAGCAUGACGAUCGGACGCGAAUAGCCGGGACUCCGGGCUACGUGGAUCCGGAUUACAACCGUUCCCAUGUGGUAUCCGAAAGGUCCGACGUCUUCAGCUUUGGUGUGGUGCUGCUUGAGCUCUUGACUAAGCAGAGGACCCAUGUGAGAGGAGGGACCGACCAGCACAUCUGUGAAUGG